GAACUUGACAUCUAUAACUGUCAUUCGGUAUUUUAUUCGCGCGUGUUAUUAAUGGCCUUGCAAAAUCACAUGUUGGUUCAAACGGUGCAGGUGGUGUAUGUUCGAAUAGUUGUCUCGCAGUUUUGUCGAUGAUUGUCAGUAUAAUAAAAAAAGAAGACAAUGGAGAAGAACGCCAAAACCAAUUCCAACUCUGCGAGGGCUAGGUUUGAUAGUUUCAAUACUAUCAACGAGAAACCUGUGGAUGAUAUCUCAUUGGAAUUUUUCUACACCCCACAUAGUAUUUCUGCACUUGCCUUUGCAAUAGCGAUUGUUAUUUAUUCAGCUUUUGUGCGGGACACAGACAACGUAGAGAACAACAUAUGGGCGGGAAUGCUAUGCUGUAUCUUCUUUUUUCUUAUUAUAUCAGUUUUGGCUUUUCCCAACGGACCAUUCAUUCGGCCGCAUCCCGCCAUUUGGCGAAUGGUAUUCGGUAUGAGCGUUCUUUAUCUUCUCGGAUGUCUCUUUCUACUAUUCCAAAACUAUGAAACAGUGAAGAAUAUUUUAUAUUGGUUCGACCCAACAUUGAAAGAGUUCCAUAUCGACAUGGAUAAAGAAUACGGCGUUAACUGUUCGGACGUCACUUUAGAACGCAUCUGGUCACACGUUGAUGUUUUUGCGUUGGGCCAUUACUUAGGAUGGAUGUUUAAGGCCAUACUAAUGAGACACAUGGGGAUUUUAUGGGCUAUAAGUUUUAUGUGGGAAAUUACAGAGAUUGCCUUCGCGCACCUUUUGCCUAAUUUUAUUGAAUGUUGGUGGGACGCUCUCAUAUUGGACGUUUUAAUAUGCAACGGCUUUGGAAUAUGGUGUGGUCUCAAAAUAUGUCAGAUUCUAGAGAUGAGGGAGUACAAGUGGGUGAGCAUAAGAGACAUUCAUUCGACUACUGGUAAAAUCAAACGUGCAGUGUUGCAAUUUACCCCCGAAAGUUUUACGUCAGUACGAUGGUUGGACCCCAAAUGCUCGUAUAUGCGAAUAUUUGCUCUAUGCCAAUUAGUUCUGUUUUGGCAAAUCUCGGAACUUAAUACUUUUUUCUUAAAACACGUUUUCGAACUGCCAGCUUCGCAUCUGCUAGUCACGGCUAGGUUAAUUUUCAUUGGUGUCGUAGUAGCACCCUCUGUUAGACAGUAUUACAGUUACGUUACCGAUACUACUUGUAAACGAGUAGGGACACAGUGUUGGGUUUAUGGGUGUAUAAUGGUCUCGGAGGCAUUAAUCUGCAUUAAACACGGAAGAGAGCUCUUCGAACGUACACAAGCUAUUAAUAUUGUUGUAUGGCUGAUAGUCCAGAUGCUUAUUUCAGUACUCUGUGUUAUCGGUUGCGUUGUUUGGAACAAAUAUGGUUUGACGCGUGAAAAUUCGAGAGAUCUAAGUCCUAUUAAAAAUACGUCUUCACCUAAGGUUACUUUCGAAAGUAAUCAUAACUCGAAAGAUGAUUAAGAUUGUAAAAGACUGCAGAUGUGAUCAUUAAAUAAAGAAACGUUUAGUUAAAUUUUAGUAAUAAUUAGUGAAUUUUUUUACCUCUUGUUGUGAUCUAGUCAUGAGCGAAUUUACAUUACAACUUUUACGAAUAUUUGGUUAUUCUCGGUUAGAUUUUGUUAUAACUUUCUUGUACUUUUUUAAGAAAAGUGUUCACUAUUCCGCAAUCAGAGCUGGUUUUAUCCCAUAAACCUUUGUGUAAUCAAUACAUGUAUUCCAUCACAUUUUAAGUAUCGACCACUCGUUGAUUAAUAUUAGCAACGGAGUAAUAAAAUUGACAAAAUUUGUAUUUCGGAUUUAAUUAGCACAGUGUAUCAAAUAAGUGCUGUGUGAAAAAGGGAUUUGCUCUCUUGCAUGUAAAAGAGUAAACCUUUGUAGUAAAAUGUGAAGAAAUACACUCAGCCUUUUAUUUUGGUGGGUUCUUGACGGCCAACUAGCCCAAAGUGAAAAUUGCAGCAUCGGUUGAUUUUUAAAAUGUGCAUAGACUUUAAUAUUGAUGUUGAGAUUCUACUGACUAUUUCUUACUGCAAGUAUAGAAAAUUGAUGUGCUAUGUACCAUUCCAAUACGCACUAGGAAUUUAUUAACUUUUUCAUUUUAUUAUGUAAAGUAAAAAAUACAUUUAAUGUUUAAUGUAACUGUAGCGUCUAAAAGCAAUAAUUGUAACAAUAAUAUAGUUUCCGUGUUCAAAAAUCGACAUUUAUUUAAUUUUUCACGCUGUAUGACAUCAAGUGCGAUCAACAAAAAACGCCUUCGAAUUACCAAUGGACGAACAAGCUAUCUUUUUUGUCAUUUACUACUUUCAACGAGAAAUGAAAAAGGCAGCUAAGAAUCCUUCGCCUACUUGAGGACGAUUUUUGUUGAUCAGACAUUAUGUUAUCGAAUUUGUGCAAUCACUGUCAUUUAAAGCCAGCUUGCAGGUUGUGCCAUAGUGACUUCUAAAAUAUGCCCGUGUGUCAUUUCUCACGUACAAAUUAAAAUUGUACAAAUACCAAAGAAAUAAAAGUUAAAAGAUG